CACUCUCCCUCCAACUUUGACUCCUCUCUUCUCCGUCUCCGUCUCCUCCCCUCUCCAACUCCCUCCUCUCCGUCGCCACCGCUACAAUGUCGGACCAAUCCCCCCCGAAACCCUAACCGGAGCCCCCUUCCGGAGCCUCCAAUGCCGCAGGGAAGCGGCUGUCCCGUGUAAGUUCGUCCUCGCUUGCGGUCGUGUUUCGUGCGAGCAUAGGUGCGGUGAUCGGAGAUGAUUGAGACUGCAAUUCUGGACGUCCUGCUGCCGUCGUGGUGGGAGAUCAAGGUCACCGUGGCUGCCGCGGUGUUCGUGAUCGCGGCUUAUUGGUACUUCACCUAUGGAACCGACAGAGGAGAAGCCGGUUCCGACGCCGAUCGUUCGCUCGUUGACAACUCCGCUAGUUCCCUAGAUGUCAGCAAGAUGGGCAAUUUGAAAGAGGGCAUCAAUUCUGCUUACAUAGUCAAGGUGGAAUUGUUAGCAGCUAAGAAUCUCAUAGGUGCAAACUUAAAUGGCACCUCAGAUCCAUAUGCUAUCAUUACUUGCGGUACAGAAAAGCGAUUCAGCUCAAUGGUACCUGGUUCUAGGAAUCCCAUGUGGGGGGAGGAGUUCAAUUUUUCUGUUGAUGAGCUUCCUGUCCAGAUAAAUGUGACAAUAUAUGAUUGGGAUAUAAUUUGGAAAAGUGCCGUUCUCGGUUCUGUGACUGUUCCGGUUGAAAGUGAAGGUCAAACUGGUGCAGUAUGGUAUACUUUGGAUAGUCCAUCAGGGCAGGUUUGUCUUCAUAUCAGAACAAUAAAAUUACCUGUAAAUUUUUCGAGGGCUAUGAAUGGGUUUGCUGGAGCAAAUGCACGAAGGAGGAUAUCUUUAGAUAAACAGGGGCCUACAGUUGUUCAUCAAAAGCCAGGACCCCUGCAAACUAUAUUUCAUCUCCUUCCAGAUGAGGUUGUUGAGCAUAGUUAUUCAUGUGCUGUUGAGAGGUCAUUCUUGUAUCAUGGCCGAAUGUAUGUCUCAGCUUGGCACAUCUGCUUCCAUUCGAAUGUGUUCUCAAAGCAGAUGAAGGUGAUUAUACCAUUUCAAGACAUAGAUGAGAUACGGAGAAGCCAGCAUGCUUUUAUAAACCCUGCUGUUACAAUUGUUCUCCGGAUGGGUGCCGGGGGACAUGGUGUACCUCCACUUGGAAGUCCUGAUGGUAGAGUCAGAUAUAUGUUUGCAUCUUUUUGGAAUAGGAAUCAUGCUCUAAGAGCUUUACAGCGUGCAUUGAAGAAUUUCCAUGCAAUGCUAGAAGCUGAAAAGAAGGAAAUGGUAGAAUCAGCUCUUCGAGCACACAGCAGUUCCAUUAGAGGAAGUACAAGGCACACCAAGAAUCCGGAUGACAGUGUGUCCAAGAAUGGAAAUAAACAAUCGUUUAUUAAAGAAGAAGUUUUAGUGGAUAUAUACAAUGACGUUUUCCCAUGCACAGCUGAGGAGUUCUUUAAUCUCCUGUUGGAUGAUAAUUCCAGCUUUACGACAGAGUACCGUUCCCAAAGAAAAGAUACCAAUCUCGUUAUGGGACAGUGGCAUCCCGCAGAAGAGUAUGAUGGUCAAGUUAGAGAGAUUACUUUUAGAUCCCUCUGUACAAGUCCAAUGUGCCCGCCAGACACUGCCAUGACAGAGUAUCAGCAUGCAGUUCUAUCACCUGAUAAGAAAACAUUGGUGUUUGAGACAGUCCAGCAGGCGCAUGAUGUUCCCUUCGGCUCUUACUUUGAGAUUCAUUGUCGGUGGCAAGUGGUGGCAAAGGACCAGAACUCUUCCACUAUUGCUAUUAAAGUGGGUGCACAUUUCAAGAAGUGGUGCGUAAUGCAAUCAAAAAUCAGGUCGGGGGCUAUCAAUGAGUAUAAGAAAGAGGUGGAGCUGAUGAUAGACGUGGCUCGUGCAUACGUCAGGUCAAGCACCUCUGGCACCAGGACCGAAGAGACGGCUUCAUCUGCAUCCGUAACCGAAUUGAGCAGCUAAUAAUCACACGUGAAAAAUGUCUUUAACUGUACGUAUCGGAUAAUAUAUUUAUCAUGUUUUGAGCCUCAACGAUAAGUGUCCUGACCUGUCCUGUCUCUCUUAUGACGCUGAAAAGUCGAUAAGAUUUCGUCCAAAUAGCAGAAAGAAAACUUCACAUAUAGCUUCUUGUGUUCACCCCGUCUCUCAAUCAGAAGAGAUGUAGAGGUGUGAAACUGCGACUCCUUGUGAACGCGUUUUAAUUACACGGUUUCAGAUUUGAAUUUGCCGAC